UACCAUUUUUUUUCCUAUAUCUAUAUAUAUAUAGAUAUAAACUCACGUACACAAAUUAUACAAACAGUAUACAGAGAGAGAGAGAGAGAGAGGUGUAGGAUCUGUUAUUCUAUCAGAGAAUAAUCCAUUCUUGAUUUCCUCGGUCGACUCUGAUUAUUUUUGCUGUAAAGAAAAUGGAUCAGAAUGACGACAUUGAUGUUCCUGUGCAUUUUCUCUGCCCGAUUUCUCUUCAGCUGAUGAGAGAUCCAGUGACGGUGACGACAGGGAUAACCUACGACAGAGACAACAUAGAGAAAUGGCUCUUCGAAUUCAACAACGCAACUUGUCCGGUAACCAAACAAUCUCUACUCGACCAAACCCUAACACCCAACCACACCCUUCUCCGCUUGAUCCAAUCCUGGUCUACCCUCAACUCCUCCCAUGGCGACUUCGUUAGAAAUAAUAUCCCAGCUCCCAAACCUUUCCUUCACAAAACCCAAAUCGCCAAACUCCUCGCCGACGCCACAAAGUUCCCUCAUCUCCGCACCAGGUGUCUCAAAACGUUAAUAUCCAUCGCGGUUGACGCCCAAAGAAACCAGACUCUCCUCGAGUCCUCCGGCGCUGUUGUCGAGUUCUUGACGUCAGUCAUAAAAAGCUCUGAGCUUUAUACGACUGAGAGAGAAGAGGCGCUGAGCGCUCUUCACCAUCUAAGACUCACUGAGAGUAAUUCUGUAAAGGACAUUCUCGCUAAAGAUGGUGAGUUCGUGGACUCGUUGGUUCUGCAAGUGAUGAAAAAUGGGAGUUACCAAUCAAGAGGUUACGCUACAAUGUCACUGAAAUCCAUUUCCGAGGUUUCGGAUCCGACCCGGUUGAUCGCCACCCGACCCGAGUUGUUAACUGAAAUAGUACGUGUCCUUCAAGAUCGAAUCUCGGCACAAGCAUCAAAAGCGGCAUUGAAGCUGAUGAUCGAGAUUUGUCCAUGGGGACGAAACAGAAUCAAAGCUGUAGAAGCUGGUGCGGUGCAUGUGUUGAUCGAGCUUCUUCUUGACGAAACAGAGAAGAGAAGUUGUGAGCUGGUUAUGAUGGUUCUUUGUCAGCUCUGUGGGUGUGCAGAUGGGCGAGCGGAGUUUCUGAAGCAUGGGGCGGGACUGGCUGCGGUGUCGAAGAAGAUUCUUAGGGUUUCUCAUUUGGUGAGUGAUCGAGCUGUGAGGAUACUAUCGGCGAUUUGUAGGUUUUCGGGAACAGGUAGGGUUGUUCAAGAGAUGUUGCUGGUUGGUGCAGUUUCGAAGCUUUGUUUGGUGCUUCAGGUGGAAGGUAGUUUGAAGAUGAAGGAGAAGACGAGGGAGAUUUUGAAGUUGCAUUCUAGGGUUUGGAGAAAUUCUUCUUGUAUUCCUCUCCAUUUGUUGUCUUCUUAUCCUUCUUAAAAGAAUUUAGUUGUUAUAGAACAUUACCAUCUUUUAUAUACAAAUUUUAUGCCAUUUUUGUGUGUCGAUGCAUACAAGUA